UCGCACGCGCGGGACACGCGGGCCCUUCGUUUCCCGGAGCUCACGGACCGCCACCUCUCGUCUGCGUGCGUGCGUGCGUGUGUGUGUGUGUGUGUGUGUCACCGAGCUCCAGACGACUAGGGACGCUCGCCGCAGCGAGUCGCUCGCAGGCUCCUUGGGGUGCGGCCGUCCCUUUCCCACCGUCCCCCAGUUGCUUUGCGCGCACUUUUUCUUUCUUUCUUUCUUUCUUUGGAGCACACGAAGACUGGGAGCAAGCACCCGGGGCGGUGGGUGGAGGCGGGAGCGAUGGACGGCGGCGGCGCCGUGCCCCGACUUGUGACCCCCUCGCCUGGCGUCCCUGGUGCCUGCGUUACCAGACGGAGACCGGCCUCCCCGGAACUGCUUCGCUGCAGCCGGCGGCGGCGACCGGCAACGACAGAGACCGGGGGCGGCGCCGCGGCCGUGGCGCGACGCAACGAGCGCGAGCGCAACCGGGUGAAGCUGGUGAACUUGGGCUUCCAGGCGCUGCGGCAGCACGUGCCGCACGGCGGCGCCAGCAAGAAGCUGAGCAAGGUGGAAACGCUGCGCUCGGCCGUGGAGUACAUCCGCGCGCUGCAGAGCCUGCUCGCCGAGCACGACGCGGUGCGCGCCGCGCUGGCCGGGGGGCUGCUUGCACCUGCCGCGCGACCCUCGCCCGUCCGUGGACCACCCGCCACCUCCCCCACCGCCGCCUCGCCGUCCUGUGCCUCGUCGUCCCCGGGCCGUGGGGGCAGCUCUGAGCCCGGAUCCCCGCGUUCUUCCUACUCCUCUGACGACAGUGGCUGCGAAGGCGAACUGAGCCCCGUGGAGCGGGAGCUGCUUGACUUUUCCAGCUGGUUAGGGGGCUACUGAGAGCUCUCGCCCCCCACCGCGCCCGACCCCCUCCCCAGGUAACUCCAGCUGCAGCCCGGGAUGCCCAGAGGCCAGGCCGCCCAUGCUCUGGUUGCCUCCAGGUGGAUUGGCCAGCGCUUAUAACUCCCACGGAGCCUGGGGCCCCGCGGCCGACGCUGCCCUGUCCGGCCCCGCCUGAGUUAAGUGCCAAGUGCUGACGAUGACCCCUGCCUGGCCCCACUGUGGCCUGGCAGCCUGCGGGGAGACAUCGUUGGGGCCCUACCUAGCGCUAUCAGAUAUCUCAAGAGAGGAUUUUUACCAGGACAGCAGUCUGCUUUUUACCCAUUAACUUGAACUGCCAGAGGGACUCUGCUGAAACUAUGAAGACUUAUUUUUGUACAAAGGAUCUUUAAACUUGGAGCAUAAUAAAGAUUAUUUCUAUUUCUGCUGCCCCCCCCCCCCCCCCCGGCCGCUGGACCUUUACAACCUGGUCAAGGUGUGGACCAGGCAGGCCCCAAAGAACAGGGUGCUUGGCUGCUCCCUUCCUUUUCUGAAGCCCAGCCUGGUAUUGAUGCUUGACUGUGUGGGAACCUGUCUUAACAAAAGUGCACUCCAUAAAGGCGGUCCACUGUAUAAAGAUGGUGUUGUCAGUGA